UCGAGUUACUUUGGCGUCGAUUCGAGAUAUACAGAGACUCGUUACUUGUCUAAAUUCAAUUUUCAAUUGAAAGCACCCGGUGCUUUUGUCGUCGUUGAGCACCUAGAAAGAAGGGGAUACGAACUGGACCGAGUCGGAGCCAUGACGAUCAUGAACUUUUUUGUUAAAGGAUUCGAGAUUUCGGCGGACAUUUUUGGAGAGCAUCGUCUUAAUCCUAUUUAUUCUCCUCGUCUGUGCGAGAUAAUGUCGAGAUUUUUCCGACGCUGGGCACUAGAUCCUUUUAUGGAGUUGACGCAAUACCGGCUGUCGAUUCUCUCCUGCGAAAUGAUCAUCAAGAAGCUAUCGAACGAAGAUUUAAGAAAUAUUUGCUUGGCAGCUGAAGACGAAAGCUCGUUCUAUUUCGUAAACAUGUAAUUAUAAUAAACGUUGCAAAAAAGCUGCUGUGGAUCAAAAUAAUCAAAUAUAUGAAAAACCUAGGGCUUAAUAUUUAUAUUUGUUAUUGACUGUAAUAAAUUUAGUUUGUAACUCUCCAACAAAUCUCCUAGUUAUGUAAUAAAGUUGAUAUUAAAAUAAAAAAUAAAUUAAAAAAAAAUAAAAAAUUAAUAAAAAAUAAAUGAAUAAAUAUGUAGAAAAUACAGAGGAAAGUCUUGGUUAAAUGAUUUUUUUUUACUCAAUGAAAACUUCAUUUUCCCGAAAUUAAAUAAUAUCAUCAGGAUAAAUACAUAGGAAUAAUUACUUAAUCUUGUGGAUGAGAUUUAACGCAUAAACUAUGCGACCAGAGUCUCUGCUCACUCUGGGUGCUACGGCGCGAUGAUUGGAAUCAGACGAAGUCAUGCUCUUAUCCUUUACACAGCUCGUGAAAAUCGCAAACACCUAUACUUUUCAUAAAAUCAAUACCGAAAUAAAACCGCGAGAUUUUUCGAUCUAUCUGUGUUGAACUGCAGAGCAAAAAAAUGAUUCAAACUCGUGUCAAAUCAUUGACAGAAAUCAAUUAAUGAAAAAUAGACAAUUUUCAAUAUUUUUAACUGAAAUUUUUUUACAACUUCUUUAAUGAUUAAACUUUACUGUGUAAAAAUGUUCCAUUAAUUGGACUAUUUGUUUUUGAAAUGCAAUUUAACUACCCAUCCUUCUAAAAUAACUUGAAACACUUGAACGUUAUAAGCUAAUAAAUACGAGAGUCGAUUCAGAGUUGUUAUACAGUCAAUGCGCAACGUGACCUGCGCAUCGGCCGCACAAGUCAAAAUGUUGUAUAUUCCUGUCUCUCUCUCUCUCUCUCUCUCUCUCUCUCUUUCUCUACCUCUUACUGUAAUUUUUUACUCAUGUCUAUUAAAUAUGUAACGCUUAUACCUUAAGUAUUAGCCUGUGUGCUAUACAGGUCUCCAUGGCCUAAUAGAUAUUCUAAUCGAAUCUCUCGUUCAGCUGCUUGAUCGCAUGGGUAGUGUUCAGUACGACACGCAUGUAGCAUCUUGUACUUUUUUUAGCUUCGACCAUCGAACUUCCUUUACACUUUAUAUAUAGAAAUUAGCCAUACGAAGAUAGAGUCAGUACACGUAAAGACGUAGCGGUGUGCGAAGCAAAAAAAAAACAUCGCAUCGAGUGAUUCUCGUGGAAAAUAUAAAAAAUAUAUAUCAAAUUGUAAUUGUGUUUUGUGUGAGCGAGAAAAUGUGGCACUUGUUCAAUGACGAAUUCGAUGACAGUAGUCUCUGUGACCAAAGUGAAGGUGAAGAAAAAAUGAAUUAUAUUAACCAAAAAAAAUUAGAAAAAUUGAAGAGUAUGCGAGAAAAGCUCAACUGGCAGAUUGACAAUGAACGACGUGAAUUUCUGCAUCAACUUUUCAGCAUCAUUAGUCAUUGGAAGGGUCAACUUCCUGAUCUCCACGACAUUUUUCGGCCCGAAGAAAUCGAUUUGCUUCUCUCGGAUUCCAUAAGUUAUUGUGAUAGAAACAAUUAUAGGAUAGAACUACGCUUCAUCAGUUUUGUGGCUAGCACCGGCUAUAAAGACAAGCCUGUCAUUGAUGCAGACGGUAAGCCAUCGUCGCGUCGCACAACUGCAGUACAUCAUGCAGCUACGAAAGGAUAUGAUGUCGGGCUUGACGUGAUUCCUGAACUUUUUAAAAUCUACGACAAAUUUGACGUGAAUUACACCGACGAGGAUGGAUUGACACAUUUCCAUGUGGCCUGCCAAUUCGGCCUUUACGAAGUUGUACAAAAAUUCCUCGAUCUCAGCCAGGAUCCCAAUUGCCUCGGGCAAAAAUCAGUCGCAAGCUCAGUCGACCCGCCUCUACAUGUGACUCUAUUUAGUAGUGGGUCGAUGGAAAUAAUGAAAUUGUUACUAAAAAGCGGCGCCGACCCGAAUUCGGCUAACAAGGACGGAUCAACGAUUCUUCAUCUUUUUUACGAGGAGCUCAGCCGAGGGGACAGAUUAGUGACAGUAGGCGAGAUGUUAUUCGACCUCAGCCACGAAAAAUUUCACCCAGUGCAAGUCGAUGCUCGGGACAAGAAAGGCAAUACACCGUUGCAUUUGGCUCUGGGGCGCCACUUUAGGGUCAAAGCCGAAUUUCUGCUAAGGAGAGGAGCCAAUCCGAACUUGGCGAAUGCAGAAGGAUUGACUCCUUUGCACGUGGUUUCCGAGAGAGUCAUUUACUAUGACGCAAUGGAGCUACUUUUUAGGAUUAACGAUGAGUUAAAUCAGCGGGUGGAGGUCAACGCACGGGACAAAAAAGGUAACACGCCAUUGCACUUGGCUCUGCGGAGCAGCAGUAACAAAAAACUAGUUGAAUUACUGUUGAGACGAGGCGCAAAUCUGAAUUUGGCCAACGAAGACGGAUUGACUGCUCUGCACUUAAUUUGUAAAUGUCUCUGGGGUUAUGAUUUGACGAAGAUGAUACUCGAGCUCAUUGACGAAAAACAUCGGGCAGCACAGGUCAACGCCCGUGACAAAAUGGGCAACACACCGUUGCAUUUUGCUUCGGGAUUCGGUAACGAUAAGGCGAUGGAAUUACUGCUGAGAAACGGCGCCGACCCGAAUGCGGCCAAUGCAGAAGGACUGACUCCUUUGCACAUGAUUUGCAAGAGAAAAUUCGAUGUCGGCUUGACGGAAAUUUUUUUAAAUAUCAACGACGAAUUAAAUCAGUUGGUGGAGGUCGACGCUCGAGACAUAUUAGGUAUGUCCCCGCUGUGCUAUGCCGUGGACAACGGUCACAAAGAGGCGAUAGAAUCGUUGCUGAGAAGAGGCCCCGAUAAGAAUUGGAUUUUUUUGAACGAGGAUGAACAGACGUCUUGGGUCAGUACUCCCAAAAGAGGAGGAGAUAUUGACGUGGUGAUGAUGUUAUUCGAGUUGAGCGAGGAAAAACAUCAGCUGGUGAAUCGAACCAACAAAGACGGAUCGACGCCAUUACACAUUAUUUGCAGCAGAGACAACGAACGCGACGAUUUGGCAAAGAUAUUAUUCAAGCUUGGCGACGUUAAACACCAGCCGGUGCAAGUCAAUGCUCAGGACAAGUCGGGCGACACACCUUUGCACUUGGUAUUAAGAUCUAAAUACAAUCGCAGGUGGUUGGUCGAAUUGUUGCUGCGUAAUGGCGCCAAUCCCAAUUUGGCCAACAACGAGGGAUCGACAGCUCUGCACAUCCUUUUCAAAAAGUUCCACUUUAGUAAUGAGGCAAUAAUUAGGAUAUUCUCAAAGUUUAAGAAUGAAUUCAAUCUAACUUUGCAAGUCAAUGUUCAAGAUAAGUCUGGCAACACUCCGCUACAUUUGGCUCUGAAGUUGUACGACGACACUUUGCAUCGAAUUCUGCUGAAGAUGGGCGCCGAUAUAAAUUUAGCUAAUGAGGAUGGCCUAACACCUCUGCACAUUAUUAUCGGUCGGAAAAUAUACGAUAAUAAGUUGGCGGACAUGUUACUCGAGUUCAUCGACAAUAAAAAUCAGCCGGUGCAAAUCAAUGCUUGUGACAAAUCGUGUAACACACCGCUGCACUUGGCUUUAAAAGAUGGAAAAAAGGAGGUGGCCGAGUUGCUGCUGAGGAGAGGCGCCAAUCCUAAUCUAGCUGAUGCAGAGGGAUCGACCCCUCUGCACUAUAUCUGUCAGAACCACCUCGACGAUGACUUUGUCGAGUUAUUUUUCCAGAUCAACGACGAAAAGCAUCAGCUGGUCGAGGUCGACGCUCGAGACAAGUUGGGCCGGACACCACUUCAGUUGGCCGUGGCGAGUCUCUUGCCGAAAACCGUCGAUGUACUCUUAUAUCGUGGUGCCGAUCUGUCGAGCUUCGUUUUUCCCGAUUCGAGUUACUUUGGUGAAAAAAUUAAUUUUAAAAUUCGUCAUGAAUCUGUUAUUAAUUUUAAAUUUCGCCUAACAUCCGGUGCUUUGUCCAUUAUCGAGCGCUUAGAAAAAAGAGGAUACGAACUGGACCGAAGCGAAGUCUUAACGAUCAUGAAAUUUUUCGAUAACAAAGGAUUAUUCAAGAUAUCGGCGACCGAUCACAAAGAACAUUGGUACGAUGUCAAAGAGUUAACAAAGAAAGCAAAAACGAUGAUGAUAAAUCCGAGUCUGUCGCUCUACGGCCUGUCCCGAUUACGACUCGAUGAGGCGGAAAAACGAAUCACACGUUCUGACUUUUUCGAGAUCGCACGCAGAAUCAGAUCGUGGGAGCUGCCCUCGGAGUAUCGGGAGUCUUGUUUUGUGUAUAUGUGCGAGAUAGUAUUAAGGAAAUUUUUCCGAGAGUGGGAACUGGAUUUUUUUAUGGAGUUGACGCAUUUUCGGCUGCCCAUUCUCUGCUGCGAAAUGAUCAUGAAGAACCUAUCAAACCGAGAUUUACGGAACAUUUGCUUGGCAGCUGAAGACUAA